CCAGCUGAUUUAGGUAUCAGUCUAGUAGCAACCGCCGGCAUCCAACCAAUAGGUCAGCAGUGCCGAACCGUUUCAGUCAGUAUCCGUAGCACGUAGCAGGAAAUCCAACAUGUCCAAGAUCAUCGCCCUGGUUGCCUGCUGUGCCGCGCUCGUCGCCGCGGUGUCCGCCUACGAGGAGUACCACGCCCAUCCGAAGUACAAGUACGAGUACGGCGUCAAGGACGCGCACACCGGUGACAACAAGGAAGCCUGGGAGCACCGGGACGGGGACGUGGUCCAGGGACACUACUCGCUGCACGAACCGGACGGCACCCACCGCAAGGUGGACUACAAGUCGGACAAACACGUCGGCUUCCAGGCCCACGUGCAGCGCUCGGGACACGCCCAGCAUCCGGCCGUGUACGGAGAUCAUCACCACGGGGACGGUCACCAUGGGCACGGGGGCGAGUCGUAUGCCAACAUCGACCAGCAUCACUAAUCGACGACUACUGUAUUACUGUACUGCGAGCAGAGAGAGAGAGAGUGUGCGAAUCAGCUGUGAAUGUGUAUGUGCAUGCGUGCAAUAAAGACUUGUUAGCUAGUUUUUAAAUGAAAU